CCCAGCAUUUAAAGCGUCGUCUUCCUCGUCGAGUCGUCGUCGUCUCCCCGUCUCGUCCCCCAUUCGCCGCAGAAUCCCCUAGCCUCCACGACCCGAAGAAACCCUAAACCUCUCCACCACGAUCCCCUCGCUCCCGUCUCCGAUAAUCAAUGGCUGAUCAGCCUCCGCGGCGAUGGGCGGCGGCGAACGACGACGUCCUGCUCGAGAUCGUCCGCCGCAUCCCGUGCGGGAUCGAUCGCCGCAACAUGGGCCGCGCCUGCCACUCCUGGCGCGUGGCGCUCGCGAAGCUCGAGCCACCGGCGCCGUCUCCGCCGCUCCCGUGGCUCCUCCUCCCGAGAGCCGACGGGCCGCCUACCUUCUCCUGUGUCCUCAGCGGCUGCCGCUCCCACCGCUUCUUCAUCCCGCCCGGCGCGGUGCAACGCGCGCGCUACUUCGGCUCGUACGACGGCGGAUGGCUCUUCCUCGCCAUCGGCGGCCAAGGCCAAGCUCAGCGCCACCUUCUCCUCAGGCACAACCCCUUCCGGCUCCUCGUCCUCCCCAACGUGACCCACUUCCCCGACAUGGUGUACCCGCCGGUACUGGGAGUGGUGAAACGGGACCAUCAGAUCAGCAUCGUCGCCGCCACCCUCUCGUGCAAGCCAACCGAGGAAGGAUGCAUCGUCGCCGGAAUCAUCGAUUUCGCUCACUCCCCCGGCCGCGCCGUGCGGCAGAUCGCGUUGUGGCGCAUGGGCGAUCAGGUGGUCUUGCCGCCGUACUGGGAGCAGGUGCCGAACCAGCCGAUGAUUGAAGCAGUACCGGUGGACCUCAUACACCACGAUGGAGCCUUCCAUUUCCUCAUCCGAUUGGAGCACAUCAUCGUGUGUGAAGAACCCCCGGAGUUCCAAGAAGAAGCCGUGCAUCUGGUCCCGGUUUACAUGUACUUCCAGCCGCGCGGCGGCGACAACGGCGACGAGACGGUCCUUGCUCGCUACCUCGUGGAGUCUCGCAAGAAGCUGCUCAUGGUCGUCAGGUAUUCCAGUGGGCGUCAGCACUUGCCGACGUCGGCGUUCCGGGUGUUCCAGAUGAAGAAGUUCAACAAUGGCGAAGAAGACGAGCCGCUCAACAAUGGCGGGUUUCAGUACUACUGGAGCGAGCUGGACAAGCUCGAAGGCCGGAUGCUGUUCGUCGGACGAGGCUGCUCCAGAUCCUACGAGGCGGGUGACAGCUACCCCGCGGGCAUGGAGGGCGUCUACUUCCUGGAUGACCGGAGCUUCGCCGAGGCGGCCAUGGCUUUCGGUGAAGGUGCAAACAAGCUGCCGUACCGCUGCAGCGACAACGGCAAAUGGUCGGGAGCACCAGCUGAUUCCCGGGUCGAUCGCUGCUUCCCGUCGCGAGGCCCGUCGAUCUACUCACCUCCGGUUUGGCUUCUCCCUUGAGUUGAGAUCGACGACAGGUUUUCGAUCGGAAACGUUGCUCAACAGGUCAAGUUAAUUAGUCUCAUGCCCUUGAUCUACAGUUGUGUUGUUUGUUUCUUUUUGAUGAGUUCGAAUGGUGUUCGCAUGUUGAAACUGUUUGCUGAUUAGUCGAUAGAACGGCCUGCAUUUGUUUGUGGUGUAGUAAGCAGUAAGCUGGUGAUGAACAGGAUUCGUUUAGUGCAGGAUUCAGUGAAUACAGCUACACUUUGUUCUGUUCAAUUUGCAUUCAGUUCAAGAUUCUUUUAAGUUGUAAUGAUGUUUCAAUGUGCAUCUCGACUCUGGAAUACUCCAUUACAGAUCCGUAUAUCGUUGACACCUGCAGAUUGUCCUGUUUCUUUGUGAUUAGAGGAGUAGUUGCCAACA